CUGCUAACAGUCGAAAAUAGGUCCAUAACUAUUUAUCGUUGAUCCAAUUUUCUUCCGUUGGGCCGGUCUCUCGAAGCCCCGAAAUCUUCACCUGGAUUUGUUCAACAAAAAUCCGAAUGAACAAAACCCCCAAUUUCAUCCAUCUUCACCAUACCUUUUCUUCUCUUUAGUUCAUGAGAUGCUUAACUCAAUCUAGGGUUCUUUCGAGCUAAUUCUAUGUUGUUAUUAUCGAUUUCACCUAGAAUUUCUGCGUAAAACAUUCAGAAUUUGAAAUUUAGGGUUUCUAAAUCAAUUUCGCUGGUAAAUGUUUAAAUGGAUAUCUGAAAAAAUUAGGGAUUUUGAUUUCUGAGCGAAGAGAUUAAGGUUCGUUAAUGGCUCGAAGUGUUUCACGGUCGCCGUCAUAUAGACGGCGAUAUUCUCCGUCGCCUGUCAGUCACCGCCAUAGCCGCCGUAGCAGGAGAGAUCGCAGCCGUUCUCCUCACAGCCGACGGAGAAGUCGGUCAAGCUCCCCCCAUCGUCGUAAAAGUCGUUCACCUGUAAGGCGUCGUAAGAGCCGUUCUCCAACAACACGGCAUUAUAGGACAAAGAAAAGUAGAAGUUCGUCUCGCUCUCCUCCGCGUAAGUCCCGCAGUCCAAGUGUUGCAUCAGCUGAGCGCAAGGAAGCCAAAAAGAAACAGAAAAAGGAAGAAGAAGAAAAGAAAAGGAUUCAGCACGAGAUAGAGCUCAAACUAUUAGAAGAAGAAACUGCAAAGAGAAUUGAAGAAGCUAUUCGCAAGAAUGUCGAGGAGAAAUUGAAUUCUGAAGAACUUAAGCUAGAAAUUCAAAGGCGCAUAGAGGAAGGCCAGAAGAAAUUAUUUGAUGAUGUAGCUGCUCAGCUUAAAAAAGAGAAGGAAACGGCUCUCAUGGAGGCAAGGCAAAAAGAAGAACAAGCACGGAGAGAGAGAGAGGAGCUCGAUAAGAUGCUUGAAGAGAACCGGAGGAGAGUGGAAGAGGCUCAGAGGAAAGAAGCUCUAGAGCUCCAGCGAAAGUUGGAGGAACGCCAACGAGAACUGGAGUUGAUUCAGCGUCAGAAGGAAGAAGCUGCUAGAAGAAAGAAACUUGAAGAGGAAGAGGAGCGAGCGAAUCAGAUAUUGGCUAAAAGUAGAGGUCGGCCUAAAGCAUCUUCUGCUGUUGGCCUAUAAUCUUUAUCUGCAAUAUUGAUGUUAUAAUGUGUGUAGCGAUAUUUCACGUGCGAGCUUCUUAAGGUAAAGAACAUCUGGUUGUACUACUGAGCUUCAUAUUGUUGAAAAGCUUAAGGCCAAGUAGGAUUUUUUUACUGACCUGCGAGGGUACAGAACAUCUGAUUGUACUGUAUUAAGCGUCAUAUUGCUGAAAAGCUUAAUUCCAAUCAGGUUUUUUUUACUGA